CUCUUACCCUUUAUUCUUUAUAACCACCUGUAUUAUAAUGUCAGCCCAACCAGACACCUCCAUCCUCAACUCUGACGUCAUCGCAAAGUACAAGCUUGCAGGUGAAAUCACCGCGCGCGUGUUCGCCCAGGUCAAAGCCCUCGCGGUGCCAGGCGCCAUGAUCUACGACAUCUGUGUCAAGGGUGACGAGCUCUUGGCGGAAGAAUUGUCCCAGAUCUACAACAACAAGAAGACGUCCAAGAUUCCUAAGGGCAUUGCUUUCCCUACCUCCGUGUCCCCAAACAACAUUGCUGCGCACAACUCGCCGUACGCCGCUGCUGACCCGGCCAAUGUCGCUUUGGUCGGGGGUGAUGUCGCCAAGAUCGCUUUGGGGAUUCAGAUCGACGGCUACGCAUCCAUCAUGGCCGAAACCGUGGUUGUUGGUGUGGAAGUCGCUACCGGGCGUGCUGCUGAUGUAGUCUUGGCCGCGUGGAAUGCGUCCGAAGCGGCUUUGAGAAGCAUCAAGGUGGGCAGAAGAAACUGGGACGUCACCAGAGUCGUCGACCAAGUCGCGGAGGCCUACGGGUGUAGUGGCUUGGAGGGCAUGUUGACCCACAACCAAGACCAGAACGUGUUGACCGGCUUCAAGGAGGUGAUUAUCAACCCAUCGGACGAACAAAAGGCCGAAGUUGACACCAUGACCUUCGAGGAGGGCGAGGUGUACGGGUUGGAUGUGCUUGUUUCUACCGGUACCGGUGCCGUGAACCCAGCCGAGGUCAGAACCACCAUCUUCAAGUUGACGGGGAAUACUUACUCCUUGAAGUUGAAGCAGUCCCACGGUGUGCUUGCUGAGUUUAAGAAGAAGGGUGCUUUGCUCUUUCCCUUCUCUAUCAGAAAUUUGGACGACCCAACCAAGGGCAAGACUGGGUUGCAUGAGUGCUCCGAGCACAAGAUUAUGCAGGCGUAUGACGUUAUGAGAGAGAAGAAGGGCGAGCUUAUUGCCCAGUUUUACACCACCAUCGGGGUCACCAAGACCGGGUUGGUCAGGUUGACCAGCCCCGAGUUUGAUGCGUCAAAGUUCCAGAGCGAGAAGAAGAUCGAGGACCAGGUGCUUUUAGACUUGCUUGCCGAGCCAUACUUGAAGGUGACCAAGAAGAAGAACAACAAGAAGAAGGCAUAACAAAUGAGCCAGCGAG